AUGCCUAAAGCUACUCGUCCAUCGUUGCCAACGUCCUUGACGGACUUCGCCUUGCCGGCGUCCUCGUCGACCGCCCUCGCGUCGCCGUCACCGUUAGACGACAUCCCCCCAUUGCUACAACGUUUCCGACGCCCCAGCCUGCUCUCGACGAAGGGUGGCUACUUCAGCGAUGGACGUCUUCACAGUCCCCUGGCCUCAUCUUUCACUUUACACCCCCCUGCCCGCAGACGGUUGAACCAGAAUGCCAUGCAGGAGGACGGCGAGAGCGACAAAGAGCGCAUGCUUACUGACAGCUCACCGUCCAGUAGCUCAGAGAAUACUACGCCACCACUUGGGGGGCCCGAAGGCUCUGAGGGGGAAACCCGACACCCACGCAAGAAAUUGAAACAUCCAGCCACUCCCCCACGUAAAUCAUCCACGGGAACUGAGACUCAAGACUUCCCAGCCCGCAACCACCACCGCCGAUUGUCAUUUCCAGUAAAGCAACCACGCAUACUGAGGAUUCGGGCUGAAUCUCGGCCACUUGAAUCCGAGGUUCAAUCGGAAGCCGCAUUCCAGCGCCUCGUGGCUUCGUGCUCGGAGCUGCCAACUCAGCCCCGCACGCCUAGGAAUGCCCAUGAUCGCGGUAGAUACCCGGAAGAAGCGGGGCACGAAGAGGACACACAACACGAGCCUGAGAGCGACGACGAAGACGAGGGCGAAGACCCCACGUUUACUUUCGUCCCUCGCGGCUCUGAACCGAUUAACAUCAACAAACCGUUUACACCCUCCGGGAGUGUGGCAGGAAGUAUAGCAGGCUCUAUCAAUGGUGAUGAUAUAUCAAUUUGCGGGAGCCCUGGAACGGUAGCAAUGGAUAUUGAUAUCCCAAUGGCGUCCCCAUCGUUCACCAAUACCAGCCAGUGGCGUUAUACUCCACCUCCGACGAGCAGUGCCGUGCGUUCAAACAAACGGAAAUUUUCAGUGGACGACCGUUUUGAUCCCUAUCCCUCCUCUGCUAAGCGACGCGCCGUCUCGCCCUCCAUGUCGCAUCUGAGAGAACAUGGCAACAUUGGCUCACCGCUCAGCACCCGCCCCAGCACACGAUUACCAAUUGCCAUCCCCAUCUCGAUCCCAGCCUCUACCGUAAGCUCUGCUGCGUCUUCCCCCACAAUCGCCGGCUCCUUUGCUUCUUCAUACCCACGACCGAUGAGCAUCACAUCGAGCCCCACUCUCAGGGCAACCAUGGGGCUGGCCAGUCCUAUUCUUAGGCCCUUCCCGCGCUCGAAACCUCUGGAAGGCGACGAACGCGAGAUAGAAGGAGCUGGAGAGGCCGUUGGUGGCCUGACACUUUCAUAG